AUGUCUGGCGCCGCGGAUCGCGAAGCCGUCUUCCCUACUCGGCAAUCGCUCGGCAUCAUGAAGGCCAAGCUCAAGGGAGCUGAGACUGGUCACAGCCUGUUGAAAAGGAAAAGUGAGGCACUUACAAAACGUUUCCGAGAAAUAACUCGAAGAAUCGAUGAGGCCAAGCGGAAGAUGGGACGCGUCAUGCAAAUUGCGGCAUUUUCACUGGCCGAAGUCAGCUACGCCGUCGGCGGCGACAUUGGAUACCAAGUCCAGGAGUCCGCCAAAUCAGCUCGAUUUCGAAUCCGCACAAAGCAAGAUAACGUUUCAGGCGUUCUCCUGCCAGCGUUUGAAAGUUACUUGACAGAGGGCAACAAUGACUUUGGACUUACUGGGUUGGGAAAAGGUGGACAGCAAGUUCAGCGAUGCAGAGAAACGUACGCACGUGCUGUCGAAGCCUUGGUAGAGCUAGCAAGCCUACAAACCGCCUUUGUGAUAUUAGAUGAGGUCAUCAAGGUGGUCAAUCGAAGAGUGAACGCAAUUGAGCACGUUAUUAUUCCCCGGACGGAAAACACUAUCAAGUACAUCAAUUCUGAACUAGACGAGCUCGACCGUGAGGAAUUUUACCGCUUGAAGAAGGUCGCCAAUAAGAAACAACGAGAUAAUGCUGCGGCCGAUGCUGAGAUGAAAGCCAGGAGAGAAGCAAUGGAGAAGAACGAUCCAGGAGCUUCCAAGCAAGAUUCCGGUCCGGCGGAUAUCCUAGCCGCGGAGGAUGACGACGACGUGAUUUUCUGA